AUGCGAAAGCAAGCUUGCCCAGCUCCUAAGCAAGCCGAUCCCUGCCUCGGCGGAAGCUGUCUCGGCCACGCGGUCGACCCGGUCUUCGACGCCACAUUCGUCUCUCUCGCCCAAGUCUCCAAGAAAAACCCCGCACAGGUCGUCAACUUCGUCAUGCGCUGGAAGUCCCGUCAGGGCGAAUCGAGCGAUGACUAUGCCAUCCAACGUGCCUUGGUCACCAGCGGCAACUGGCUCAAUCCUCGCCGGGUCACGGCUGUCCUCUCCGAGCGCAAAUACCUGGCGCUGGUCUACAUCCUCUGUCGCGCCCUGAUCUCCAUCGUCCAAUUGGUCACCCGGGAAGCACUAGGAGAAGACCUCGGCACCCGCCUGGAAGAGAUCAUCCUCAACUCAAUCAAGAAUGCCGAUCCGCACGUCACCGCCAGGACGCCCAACAUGAACAUGUUCGCCUAUCUCCUUGGAGCCUUGUCCAAUCAGAUUCACGAGCGUCAGCGACCGUUUUGCCGCCGAAAUGGACGCGAUGAACCGGGUCGCCCAUCUUCGCGACCAGAAGGACGGCGAAGCCAGAUUGGGAUACCUGGUCCGAGGCGUCUAGUUUCUCAAGCUGAAGGUCUACCCACUCGAGGCAUUCGAGGACACCGGACUUCAUCGCGACCUUCGCCACCCUCUUUGAGUCAUCCAGAGGCUCUUGUCCAAUUGGCCGCCGCCGAAGUCAACCACCCCGUUUGGGGCAAGGCGAUCAACCUCAUCCUCAGCAAGUCGCACUCCAUGUCUGAUAAACCCUCGAAAUCCAGAUACUGGAACUCCACCUUCCCACUGAUGUGUGCAGCCGUCGGCGCCGCCCCGCAAGAGCUCCUCUUGCCCAAGUGGACCAAGAACGUAGAAUGGUGCACCACCAAGCUGAACAAGAAAAGCACACAAGCUGCAAUGGUGCUGGGGAUUGUCCAGCUGACGUGGUCAUACUUGCAUCGGGUCUGCGAAGGCGCAUCGGCCUUGAACAAGCGGCUGGAGCCUAUCCUCCGAACCGCCUUCCCUCCAGAUUGGAAGAACGUCUAUCCGUCCAAAGUUUCCCUUGACACCUUUGUCUUCUUGAUCCAUUUCAUCCUGUACUGGCAGCUAGACUAUGGCACCGACUUUGUCCUCAGAACCCUUCUCACCUACACCAAUGACGCCAACGAGAACAACUCUUUUCUCAAGAGCCCAUCACUGGAAAAUAUUGAAGGGCCAAGAAGCUUCAAUAUACACAAUCAGUCUGCCACUCAUUCAGUCGCCUAUACCCUAUGUCAUCCCAAUUCGCGUCAAUUACUUCCUGAAAGACAAUUCAAUCUCCGCCAAUGGGAAACUAUCACAUUGUACAACCUCAAGGGAAUUAUACAGUUCCGUAUUAGGCAAGGUCGACAAGCAAUCAAUUGGCUCCGGUUCUUAGGUCAAUUAUGCUCGCCGAUUUCUCUGAGCGCAUACAAACUGGCGCUGGAGGCGAUUGUUCAAUCCACCUGGGAUAUCUCACUGUAUAAGGAGACCCUAGCCGCGCACAAUAAGCUUGCCUCGGCAAACAAUCUUCCCCUGUUGACCGCAAACAAGGACUGGAUCAAUAGUACCCAGGACGAGAUCAAUCACACGCUUGCAAGACUCGAGAACGACCUGAAACACAAAACGACUAAUUGUAUUAAGGAUGGGAUCUGGUCCAGUUACCAAGCGCUGGGUGCCCAUUACCGCAAAGUGGGUGACGUUGGGAGCGCUCAUCGAGUGUUCUCGAAGGCUAGAGAACACGCCACAACCGCAUUACAUGCUGCCGAACUCUCCCUCGCCUCCCUCGACCUGGCACUUGACGCUGAAAACUUCAAGCUGGCUCAGAGUCAUGCGGCUAAGGCCCAGGGUGCUCUUGACACCCUCAUUGGAUCCUUGGAGCUCAAGGCCGCAAAAACUAAGACUAGUGGAUCCACAUCCACCGUAGGCAUUGAUUCCCGUGACUCAACCAAGAAAGAUAUCCAACGAUGGUCCGACAGAGUUAAUGUUGUCAAUGCACUCACAUCGCUUGCCCAGGGAGACUUUGGGAGAGCAACGAGCUACUUUCUCAAGGUAGAAAAAGAUGCCGGAGAGAGCACUGGUGGAGAACUGCUGGCGACGGCGACCGACAUAGCAAUCUAUACGACUCUCUGUGGCUUGGCUCAUUCCGAUUGA